CGAGGUCAGAUUUGGUGAUACACUAGGAGCCAAUUAGCAGUACCCAGAAGGCAAGGGAAUCUGCUGAGAAUAAAAAGCUCUAUUUAUUGUUGUACAUUUCUCAAGUUUCUCACUUGGGUUUGUGCAGAAUUGCAAAGAAAGCUUCUCUUCUUUUCUAGUUGUUGAGAGUUGAAACCAUGUCGAGCUGCAUCGAUAUUGCACCUGAACAGCUCUGCUACAUCCCUUGCAACUUUUGCAAUAUUGUUCUUGCGGUGAGUGUUCCAUGCAGUAGCUUGUUUGAUAUUGUGACAGUCCGUUGUGGGCACUGUACAAAUCUAUGGUCCGUGAAUAUGGCUGCUGCAUUUCAGUCACUUUCCUGGCAAGAUGUUCAGGUUCCAAAUUACAAUCUUUACACUUCUAGUGGACCUGAUUUUCAAGGGGAUUUUGGAUCUUCAUCCAAAUGUGAUAACAAUAAGAUGCAAAUUCGAGAUUCCGCUACAAUUGCAGCUGAGGAACGGGUUGUGAAUCGACCUCCCGAGAAGCGGCAGAGAGUACCUUCUGCAUACAAUCAGUUCAUAAAAGAGGAAAUCCGAAGGAUCAAGGCCAAGAACCCUGAGAUUAGUCACAGGGAAGCUUUCAGCACAGCAGCCAAAAACUGGGCACACUUUCCUCGUAUUCACUUUGGUCUCAUGUUUGAAACCAAUAAUCAAGUGAAGAUUGAUGAUGGUUCUGAGCGUUUGAUGUCAAUGGCUGCACUACUAAACAAAUGAAGUGAUCAUCAAGUGGCUGCCUUUUUUCACCUCUAAGCUAUGAACUUGUUUAAUUGAAGUGACAAUUAUAAUAUCCAUCUUUGGGUGCACUGUGUUGUCUAAUAUUGUUAUCAACUGCCCAAAUCAAUCUAUGUUCUUUCACAAACA